AUGGCUUCUAAAGUUCUGGUACCCACUACACCGUUCACAAAAUUACAGGUGAAGAAAUCGCCUCCGGAAACAAGUGGCAGUGGGUUCAUCAUUGGUACAGAUGCAGCAGCCCGGGUAGCACACUUAGAGCAUAGUGUCCGUUUUCUGCAAGAACAACACCGGCUCAUGUUGAGCGGCCUUCAUACUGAGAUAGAAGCUUUGCGAGAGAGAAAUAGAGAUUUGCAAUUUCAACUAAUAUUCAACAAAGAGUCUACCGUGAAGCCGGCCCAGCCUACACCCGAUGACACAGCUGAAAGCAAUGAGGAAAAGCUUCGUAAAGAGGUGUCCCGCCUAGAGAAGGAGGCGGCGGCGGCGCGCGGCGAGGCGCGGGCGGCGGAGGCGCGCGCGCUGCAGCUGCAGAAGCUCGUCGACGCGCAGACCGAGUAUGUACAUAUAUUAUUGUUAUACAGUAUUACUAGUAACUUAUCCUCAACUGAACUAAAGCUGCGCGAGGCGGAGGCGCGCGCGCCGGCCGCGGCCGAGGCGGGCGCGGAGGAGGGCCGCGCCGAGCUGCGGCUGCGGCUGGCGGAGGCGGAGCGCCUCGUGCGGCGCCUGCGCGCGGACGCCGAGCGCCAGCGCAGAGAGGUACUCGGGGGCGCGGGCGUCACCAACCUACUGUUCGACGGCGCGGCCGCACGACACGCGCAUUUGCAGUGUAUGAAGAACUCCCUGCACGCGAGCCUGCGCGCGAGCGGGCUGGACGGGUACGGGUAUCAGAACAACUAUCACUUCCCCCCAGUACAUACGCCGGACUUUUGGCGAGAGCCACUUAGAGAAGAAUACAGUAUGGGAUCGCGGAAUCGAAACAACAGACGACCGCUCACUCUGCCAGAGCUAACUGCCGUCGGACAACCGCUGCGCUCUACCGUCUAUGCUAACACUCAUACACGGCCACGAGGUUACGGUUACGACAAAAACAAAAAGACUCAAUCAACAAACGGUGAAACGAGUAAUGGGAAAAGUCCAGAUGAACCGCCAGAACAGUCGCGUUUAAAACCGAUAUGCACCGAUAGUUUAGCGACAAACAAAUCACAUGACGCUAGAAUUCCUACAUAUCCCGAGUUGAAAAUAGUGGUUACUAAAAUAAUACCCCACGGAAACGUAAGUUCCCCAAACGAGCAAAGGUCGCGGACGCGUCGCGCUCAUCGCAAGCACUCCGACCACACA